AUGUAUCCCCAUCAACUUGACUACCAACAGGCCCUACCUGUAGAAUUACCAGCUGAAACAGUCCCUCAAUACGACUACACAUACCAACCAAACCGUCAUAUCUACCUUCCACAAAUACUACCCCCCUCGCCUCCCAUGGAAAGACCAACGCUAUCUCCAUCACGUCCCAUUCUCAUCCCUUCAACCUCAAUCACAGGCUCACUGGAAGUCACUCCACCAUACCACCGGGCUUAUCCUCCUAUUCUAAACUCCUACGGCAUCUCUUCAAAAGAGUUCAUGGCCAUAAUCGAUGCUUUGAACAUCGCUCUCGCUGAGCCAGCGCCAUUCAAAGCAAUGGAAGUCGCAGGCGAUGGCCUCGGUUUCGUCCCCAAUGAAAUCGCCCAAGGCGUUUCUUUGGGGCUUGGACUAGCUGCGGGUACUGGAACUGCUGCUACUGCAUAUUUUCGAGAAAGAAAGGUACUUGAGAGAGUGAAUCGAGAUAUCUUCGCACCAAAGGGCUUGGUGAUGAAGACCAUGAAGGAUGAGGAAGUGAUGCAACGACUCAACACCACGGCCAAGAGUCUUGACCCACUACUAAGAUUGCGAGAGAUUGCAUCACAGGUCGAAGUUUUGUCUUUCGACGUUGAACCACCAGUCAGACGCUCCAAUAUGCUGGAUCGCAUCAGCGCAAAACAGGCUGCCAUCAAACAAGCCGGCAAGGAGAAGAAAAAACUCAAGAAGCAAGAAAGACGCCUCCAAAAGCGCGAAAAGGCAGCCGAUAAGUUUGAUCGACCAAUUGAAUCGAUCGAUGAACAUUACAACUCCGAUAUUGAAAGUCGAAUUGAGAUCGAGGCCAAGAUCGCAAGGUUGGAAGAUAGGAUCGCGGAGAUCAACAUCAAAGCAGAGGAGAAACUGAUCGAGUCAAGUGAGAACAAGAUUGGCGAGAUUGAAAAGAGACGAAGAAAGGACUUGGAAGAGGUUGAGAAGGAUCGUGUCAGGUUGAUGGAGAAGCAUGGUAAGGCUAUUGCAAAGGUGAAUAAGAAAGCCGAGAAGAAGGAUGAGAAGGAUGAGAAGAAGGUGGCUAAACUGGAAUGGAUCAUGAUUCGAACUAUUUAG